AUGGUUGGGGAAAAUGCUAGCAAUCAGCUUACAAUUUGCCUUGGCUUAUUUAUUACUGAUAAUGGUGAUAUUUGUAUAUCAGAUAUGAAUAAUCAUAGGGUUAUGAAAUGGCAACCUGGUUCAAUCGAAGGUAUUGUAGUAGCUGGUGGAAAUGGUGCUGGAUCGAGCAACGAUCAGUUAUCACAUCCACUAGGUAUUUAUGUUGAUAAGGAUGAAAAUGUUUAUGUGGCUGAUUCAUCAAAUCAUCGUAUACAAAAGUGGAUACCGGGAAGUAAAUCAGGAAUAACUGUGGCCGGUGGCUAUUUGGAAGGUUCAAAUUUAAAUCCACUGUAUAUACCAUAUGGAAUAAUACUUGACAAUUGUAAUCGGAUGUUCAUAUCGAAUCCGCCUGCUAAUACCAUUAUCAGAUGGGAUUUGAACGCAAGUAGUGGAACACUAAUUAUCGGUGGUUAUGGAGGUGGGAAUGAGUCUGAUCAGUUAUUUGGUCCAACUACAAUUCAAUUGGAUACAAUGGGAAAUAUGUAUGUUGCUGAUUCAUAUAAUCGCCGUCUUUUAAAAUUCAGUAUAUCUGAAACAAUCUCCAGCAGUGCAACAGAAGUCUCAACAUUUGACGGUGAGAGCGACGCUGUACGUAAUAAUCAAGCACCAGAAUAUUCAGGACCCAAAAGUCAUUAUUCGUCAAGUGCUAUAUAUGAAGAAAUACCAUUUCAAACAUAUAAUCCAUUGUUUCCUGCUGGCAAGGGAACGUUUCCAGGUGUUACAUCACUUUUUGGAUCAAAAACAUGA